UUUCUCAUUUCGGAUUCGAAAGUUCGUUGUUAAUUUUUUUUUUCAAAGAAACUCUGUUAAUGACGUCUCUCUCUUUCACUCAGUUCCUUUCAUUGUCCAGAUGGAAUUCCAAUUGGCAUUGUUACCAGUCUCUGCACGUUACUCAAUUUCAGGAUUUCAGAUUGCAUAGUAAAUGGGGUAUUGCAGCUACCUCUAAGAAGAAAUUAAAUGGUACAUCUCCUCAAGAAGCAAUCAGUAAGAAUGAUGUAGUUGUUGAAAAGAAAACAUCUAGGACUCCUAAAAGAGCUGGUGCACGAACUAGAAAGAAAGCUAUUGCUGAUACUCCAGAGGAGAUUUCUGAGUUGGAGGUGAAUAGUGAUUUUUCAGAUGAUGAGAACACAACAUCUGCAUCAGACGAGACUACCCAGAUAAUCCCACGAAGGAGCAGAAGGAAAGAACUAUCAGCUUCUUCUACCACAGAGGAAGAGAAACCUAAGAAGAAAGUGAGGAGGCGAAGGGCUAAGAAGGAUGAUAAUAUGGAGGAGCAAGCGAGUGAAUCUGAGAUUAGUGAUAUUGCGGACUCCUCACUUGUGGAAGUGGAUGAUGAGAGUGAGGAUGACAUAGAUUUGAAGAAAUAUGGAGGAGAAGAUAUUAGUUUCACCUAUGGAUGGCCUCCUCUUGUUUGUUGUCAUGACAUCAAAUAUUGGGAUGAUUUUGGAAUUGUUAUGAACUACUUGAUUGACUCGUAA